GGCGCCCUCUAUCGUCCGACCAGAGCCGGUGAAAGCAUGAAGCGUGUUAUUCUCGUUUACAGGUCCAACAGGGGCUCCUCUCUCAAAAUGUUCAACAACCAUCUCCUGUAGGGACGGCCUCCUCCACCACCACCCCCAUCCUACCCCACUUUAGCACGGGACCGCAGGGGGACGACUCGUUGGCAGUCCCGGCCCUCCUCCGGGGCUUCCUGAGCCGGUGUUUGAUUGGAUUAGAGUCGGCUUGCCUUUGCCCUCUAACCCCGCUGAUGGUGGCUCGCUGCUUCCUGCUCUCUCCGCUCCGCUUCGCCGACUAACGCAGGCUGCCGACGCCGCUCAGCGAAGCAGCCCGCGCGGACACAGCUGACCGGGACAAGCCGCUGCUACGGCCCGAGACGAGCGGAGCGGGGAAGCGGUCAGACACACGGCCAGGCGGACGGGGAGAAGUCUCAGCCAUGCGGAGGAAAUCGAGGAUAAUGUUGUGUUUCGCGGUGCUGUGGGUGCUGGGGAUUGCCUACUACUUCUAUCCGGGAACAACGCUCAGUCGGAAGGAUGGCUGGACCUCCAAUGAAAUACAGGCUCAGCUUUCCUUUGAAAAGGCCAAAUCCAUGCAGCCUUUUCUGCCACCAGGUAAGGUGCGCUGGCAGGAUUUCGAUCAGGAUCUCUACGUUGGAGCUACUGUGGUCCGACCGGGUCAGGACCCGUACGCCAGAAACAAGUUCAACCAGGUGGAAAGUGACAAACUCCGAAUGGACAGAGCUGUGCCAGACACAAGACACGACCACUGCAAGCAUAAACAGUGGAACUCAGAUCUGCCGGCCUCCAGCGUCGUCAUCACCUUUCAUAAUGAAGCCCGCUCUGCUCUGCUGCGCACUGUGGUCAGUGUCUUGAAGAAAAGCCCUCCGCAGUUGGUGAAAGAGAUCAUUUUGGUUGAUGACUACAGUGACAACCCGGAGGAUGGAGCGCUUCUCGGGAAGAUCGAGAAGGUUCGAGUGCUGAGAAAUGACCGCAGAGAGGGGCUGAUGCGCUCAAGGGUUCGUGGUGCAGAUGCUGCUACAGCGCCGGUCCUCACCUUUCUGGACUCUCACUGUGAAUGUAAUGACCACUGGCUGGAGCCGCUACUGGAGAGAGUGGCAGAGGAUAAAACCAGAGUGGUUUCUCCCAUUAUUGACGUCAUCAACAUGGACAAUUUUCAGUACGUGGGAGCUUCGGCUGACCUGAAAGGAGGCUUUGACUGGAAUCUGGUGUUUAAAUGGGACUACAUGACUCUGGAGCAGAGACGAGCCAGGCAAGGCAACCCCAUCGCCCCCAUCAAGACUCCAAUGAUCGCAGGAGGUCUGUUCGUCAUGGAUAAAGAAUACUUUGAGCAGCUGGGAAAGUAUGACAUGAUGAUGGACGUGUGGGGAGGAGAAAACUUGGAGAUCUCCUUCCGCGUGUGGCAGUGCGGCGGCAGUCUGGAGAUCAUCCCUUGCAGCAGAGUUGGCCACGUCUUCAGAAAGCAGCACCCAUAUACCUUCCCUGGGGGCAGCGGGACCGUGUUUGCAAGGAACACAAGGAGAGCUGCAGAGGUGUGGAUGGAUGAGUAUAAGAAUUUCUACUAUGCAGCCGUCCCCUCGGCCAGAAAUGUACCCUAUGGAAAUAUCCAGAGUCGCUUGGAGAUGAAGAAGAGGUUAGGCUGCAAACCUUUCAAGUGGUACCUGGACAACGUUUACCCUGAACUGAGGGUUCCGGAUCACCAGGACAUCGCUUUUGGGGCCCUGCAACAGGGAGGAAACUGCCUCGACACCCUGGGCCACUUCGCUGAUGGGGUGGUGGGCAUCUACGAAUGCCACAACGCCGGGGGAAACCAGGUAGUGUUACCACGACUACACUCACAGGAAUGGGCCUUAACCAAGGACAAAUCGGUCAAACACAUGGACCUGUGUCUAACUGUAGUGGACAGAACAGCUGGUUCCCUCAUCAAACUACAAGGCUGUCGAGAAAAUGACAGUCGUCAGAAAUGGGAGCAGAUCGAGUCGAACUCGAAGCUUCGUCACGUAGGUAGCAACCUGUGCCUGGACAGCCGCAGCGCCAGGAUGGGAGGACUCACUGUGGAGGUCUGCAGCUCCAGCCUCACGCAACAGUGGAAGUUCACCCUCAAUCUACAAUCAUAGGGGGCGCUGCAGACCCCCCUCCCGUAAGACUUUGACAAUGGACCAAGACAUACAAGGAGACAUGCACAAAAUGAUUGGAAAAACCUAAGAACGACAAGCUCCUCCUUCACAGAGGUGCAGCUACUCACCUGAAAACCCCUCUCCUCUCCCUCCCUGAAACAAUGAGCCGACCAGCGGAGGGGAGGGGCUCCGUAGACCAUAAUGGAUCCAACGAAUGGGAGAGGGACGCCACGAUCAGGAGGCUUUUGUUCCAGUCGACACGCCUCUGUGUUUUCUCGUCAAAAGGAAAAGCGAAUUUCUUUUAUUGCUGGAAGAAGCAGAACUAUCCGGCAUGAGUAUUUUAUUUUGUAUUUCUGAUUUUUAAUUUGUUGGUGGUAAAAACUCCAGGGACAUGGGGCAGGAGCUUUUUCAGUUCUUGAAGGAAUCUUCUAAAAGCAGGUGGAGGCCUGGGAUUGCAGUUUUCAGGGGGCGGGGUGAUGUCAGAUAGGAAAUGGACCUUGAGUUUUUCAUGUGUACUCUAAAUGGUUUACAGAAAUCUCAAAGAAAAUCAAAGUGUGGGGAGAAAGAGCCCCUGGUGUUCUUUUUUUUUUCUUUUUUGUUGUUGUUGUGUGUCUGUCUUUUGCUACAGAUUGUAUCAGGCAAAGACGAGCCUUUGAGUGGGUUGGGUGUUCCCAGAAAUGGAAAAUUUCAGCCGGCUGCUCCUCCAAAAACACAAAUGAUCCUCUGCAUCUGUCUUUUUUCUUUCUUUUAUUUACUGAUGUGGAAAAGCAGAACUUCUUUUUUAAUUUUAUUUAAAAUUUCAGGAAAACCAGAACCCAAAAUGUUUUAAAAUGUUUCCAUCUUACUUUUGCAGUUGUUGUCCUUUGCCUUGUCGACGUUAUUGGAGGAUUACUCUUAAAUAAUCCGUCUGGAGUCAUGGCGCACUUUCUGCUCUAGAUCAGACAGAUGUAGUCCAUUAACAGAUUAUUGCACCAUUCGUGCAAUUACCAGGACUGCUCAGCUCUCUCUGACCUCCUCAGCGAUGCAAAUUAAAGAAGGAAACUCCACACUGACACUGCAACACAGUACUAGUAUUUGAAUGACUCACAGGUCCUCCUGAAAUCAGUAAAAGUUUGUUUUGGUUAUUGUAACUUGAUUAUACAUGAGAAAUCUCAGUGGUUUCACUAGUUUCUGCUGACACUUUCUAGAAUCUUCUAAAGACUCAAAGAUGAAGUAAAGAUAAUUUAUUCCUGCAGACUCUGAGUUAUCAUCAAGCAGCACACUUUGGACUCCCCUUACUAUCUUUAUUCCGUCUCCUCGACCACAUUUAAAUCUGAGGUCAUAUUUUUUAAAGGCUGUAAUCUCUUCCAGGGCUUCCUCAUCACUUCGUCUUUGCUCUUCUGGGUCCUUCACGCUUUGAUGAGUUGAUGAUAGUGUGACUCAUCAGGCGUUUUUGAGGAAACACCUAAACCAGAGCUCCGAUCUCACAGAGUCUGCUGUCACAGUCCUGUUUAAAGCUGCCAAAAAGACCGUAUGCUUGCUGUGACCAUCGGAUAUCCUUGUCUUCUGCUUUUGUUUACCGUGUCAUGUUCGUUCAUUUUCCUCUGUGGACUAAUGGGAGCUGGGAAAGCUGGCUCCAUCUGCUUCAAAAAGCCUAUCCUGUGACUUGAUAGGCUGUGCUGGGGAGCACAUGACCCACAGCUGUGGUAAAUAGGAACAAGAUGGAGUCUGAAUGUGAGCAUCAUUUGUCUCUGAUGCUGUUUUGAGUUUAUAAAACAACACUCUGCCUGCUCACUCUAGUGACGUGAAUACACUUCAGCUCUAAUUUAACUUUGAUUAUAAACUAAAUCAAUAUGUUUUAAUCUAAUUUACAUUAAAACAAAUAUAAUUUACAGAUAAAUCCUAGAUUACGAAGAGGAUUGGGGGGUCAAAUUAUAUCAAUUUCUCACUGAUCAUUCAUGUGUUUUAGCUUCCUCUAAUGUCACGUUUGCAAUACUCAGUGAAAGGAGGGCAAAAGGUUUUGGAGGGGAAACUUGAAGCUUGUUUUCUCAGCUCUUGAGUGGAUUUUGUUCACAGUGAACAUGAUAACCAAACUGCACACACCUGAGUGGCCACAGCAUGGCUGUCUGCAGCCACAGUGCACUUCUUGUUAAGCCUUUUUCUUUUCAAACUAGUCUUAUCGUAAUAAUUAUGGCAAGAUUUUUUUUUUAAUCUUUUGUGUUAAGAAAAUCCACAAAUUUCUGUGAAGUCUAGUUCAUGUUUUUGAUCGGAUGAUUAAAUGUUUACAUCUUUAGCACAGAGUGCCAAAGUUCCUUCCUGUAUUUUUUUUUUGUUUGUUUUUUCUGUGUGAAGAAGAAUGAAAGGGCGCAAACCUUUAUUCGGAUGAUUUGUUCUGUGUUGCUGAAUGUGAUGGAAACUUUUUUUUUUUCUUUCAGUCUUAAGUUGGAUGUGUAAAGAUCGCAGAGAGCAGCUGAUGUGGUCUGUUUUCUUUUAGGGCAGUAGAUUUAAAAAAUGCAUUCUUUUAAUGUGUUCAAACUUGUGAAUGAAAGCAGAUGUUUGUCAACCAGUCACACACGGAGAGGGGAAAGUCGUCUGGAAGCGUAUCGGAAAUGGUUAAAGUCUCAUUUAAAUCCGGGAAAUUUUGCAUAUUAUCAUUUUUUUUAAAUGAGGAAAUAAAAAUAUUCUUAUUUGAUUGAGUUUAACUGAACAGGGGAAGGUUUUGUGUUCUCUCAGCUUUUCCUUUAAAUAACUGAAACUCCUUCUCACCCAGCCGACGGCUCAGCCCCUCCCAGGGUUAAAGUCAUGGCUAACAUAUGAAAAUCCCUGUUUAGACAUCCAGCUCGGAACUCUUUAAGCUUCCAUUUUUGCUUUGAGCGGCUGUCGUGGUGUGUGAGUCACAAAACACACUUGGAAAACAAUGCUGUUAGGGGUUUAGUGGACAGUUAUGACUCAUAGUAACCAGUGGGGAGGGACGAGAGCGAUGUGCAAAAAGAGUGUUUUAUCCCAGUCAACUUAAAAUACAAAGAUGGGCUCUGUGACUCCCGCAGUCACACAUGUAAAAGUGUAUAUUUUUGUAUAUACCUACAUGGGUGUGUGUACAGUAUGUACAUAUAUACACAGUGUACUCAGCUGCGGUUACUAGUUUUGUCAGACUGUACAGCGCUUCUAACUGUUCCCUGUUUUAUAAAUACUGCAGAAAUUCAACUUUCAACAAGGAAAAAUUAUUAACUUAAAUAAAAGCAUUUAUAUAUAUAAAAAUAGAUCGAGGC